ACGGCAGUUGCCCAGAACUAUCGGAGCAGCAACUGGUGACAGAUGGAAGAAAGCACAGGCAACAGUGGACAUUACAGAUUUUCAAUUUAAACAUAGACAAACUGGCUGACUUUUAAAGACCGACUGGCAUAGACAUGGCUUCUGGAGUUGAGGAGCACAGAUUCCUAAUCUUGGCCUUAUUUGCUUUGAUACUCCCGCUUAGCUUUGCGUGUCCAGAAACAUGCCGUUGUUCCAUUAGUUCUAUGCAUUGUUUUGAACCGGACACUAUCAGUAUGGUCCCAACACUACCCACCCAGGACAGCGAGAACAUCACAGAGAUUUACAUUGAAAGCCAGACUAUGCUGUUUAACUUAACAGAAAUUGAAUUUGCAAACUACAGAGAGCUGAAAAAUUUGACUGUUACCCUCUGUGGAUUAUCUUACAUCUCAGCCAAUACCUUCCAAAACAAUCUAAAGCUUCAAUAUGUCAAUUUGGCUUCCAAUUCCUUAGAGUACAUUUCCUGGAAAGUAUUCCAUUCUCUUCCUCUGCUUGGUCUAAUUUUGAAGGACAACCCAUUUGUCUGUUCUUGUGACAUAUACUGGUUACAACAAUGGCAGCUGAGUGGGAGAGCAGACCUUUUUAAUCAAUCACUUCACUGCCGGGACCAGGAACAUCCUUAUCCAUUAGAGACCAUAAUGUUGGCAAACUGCAGUUUACCUAAAGUUUCUAUCACACCAGAUAUGAUAACUGUAAGGGAGGGAUCCAAUCUCACCUUUACUUGUCAAGUUUCUGGAACUCCUGUGCCCACUGCAAAAUGGCAAACAGAAUACCUUCACUCUGAUUUCAUUAUGGAGAAUCUCGUUGGCGCUCCAGACCUGGAAGUUGUCCUGAAGCUGUUCAAUGUUUCACACAAAGAUAACCAACUGAACCUUACCUGUGAGGCACACAAUCAAGCUGGACCCAGUGAAGUGUCAGUUCCACUAAACAUCCUUUUUCCUGCAGAAAUCCACUUUCUUGGUGAUGCUGUGCCACAACAUCACUGGUGCUUUCCAUUUAUUGUUGAUGGAAAUCCAGCCCCCAGUUUUCGCUGGCUGCUAAAUGGCACUGAGCUUCCCACGUCACCGUAUAUUUUCACACAGAUCACCAGUGAAGUAGAUGAUGGAUCGAAGCUUCAUGGCUGCUUGGUUCUUAACAAGCCCACACACCUGAAUAAUGGCAACUACACUCUGAUUGUUAACAAUGGUCUCGGUGCUGCUACAGCCAGAGCCGUAGGCAUUUUCAUGGAUAGCCCACCAGGUGACCCAGAAGGAAUCAUCCCAGUGAACACUUUGCCUGACAAAAAACCCACUAGAAAGCCUUCAGAGAAUGUGACAGAAAACCCAGAUAACAGAAAUUUUGCAGUAUCUGUUGCUGUUGGGUUGGCUGUGUUUGCAUGCACCUUUCUCAUAGUGAUGCUAUUUGUAAUCAACAAGUGCCGACAGCAGUCGAAACUGGGAAUUCACCGAGCCGCUGUUCUUGGCACUGACGAGGAUUUGUCUGUUUCCCUCAAUUUCAUGAAAUUUGGAGCCAGCAAUCCAACAUCAGAAGAGGGUGUACUAGAAGGAGGCCUCUCUAGUUUCAUUGAGAACCCCCAGUACUUUAGUGGCAUCUUCAAGGACAAGGACAUGUGUGUACAACACAUCAAAUGGCGGGACAUAGUCUUGAAAUGGGAGCUAGGAGAAGGAGCAUUUGGAAAGGUGUACCUGGCAGAAUGUUUUAACCUCUCUCCAAAGCAAGAAAAGAUGCUGGUGGCUGUUAAGACACUCAAGGAUGCUAGUGGGACGACUCGACAGGACUUUCAGCGGGAGGCUGAGCUGCUCACAGUCUUACAACAUGAGCAUAUUGUACGCUUUUAUGGGGUGUGCACAGAUGGCGAGCCAUUGGUCAUGGUCUUUGAAUAUAUGAAGCAUGGAGACUUGAAUCGCUUCCUCAGAGCUCAUGGCCCUGAUGCCCGAAUAUUAGAUGAUGGAAAGGUCCCACUGCUUGGCCAACUGACACUACCUCAAAUGUUGCAGAUUGCGGCACAGAUCGCUUCAGGCAUGGUCUAUCUGGCAUCACUUCACUUUGUGCAUCGAGAUCUGGCUACUCGAAACUGUCUUGUUGGAGAAGGCCUUGUGGUCAAGAUUGGGGAUUUUGGCAUGUCCCGAGAUAUCUACAGCACAGACUAUUACAGGGUUGGAGGUCGUACUAUGUUGCCUAUUCGUUGGAUGCCUCCAGAGAGCAUCAUGUACAGGAAGUUCACUACUGAGAGUGAUGUUUGGAGUUUUGGAGUCGUUCUUUGGGAAAUUUUCACAUAUGGCAAACAACCCUGGUAUCAGCUGUCCAAUAAUGAGGCCAUCGAAUGCAUCACACAAGGCCGAGAACUGGAGCGCCCCCGUACCUGUCCCAAAGAGGUGUAUCUCAUUAUGCAGGGAUGUUGGCAGAGGGAGCCCCAGCAAAGAUUGAGCAUAAAAGAAAUCUACGAUCGUCUGACAGCACUGGUCAAGAGUCCGCCUGUCUACUUGGAUAUCUUGGGAUAAUUACAGUCCUUGGAGAGAUCAUUCAUAUAAUCUACACCUGGAAGAUAACUGGUUCAUGACCAGUGUGGCCACAAGUCCUUUGCGUUUCAUCCCCUUGGUUCCUUUUUGCUAACAGACUUGAAAAUGGAAAAGGAGAUGGCCAUGCUUAUAAUACUUUUUUUAGAAUCCUCAACAAAUGAAACGUAAGGAUGGACCAAACUCUCUGACCUCUUAUUAUUACCUAGUAGGAAAUUGUGUUGGAGCACUUUUUGGGAAGCAGUAUCUGUUAAAGAUAAAUUUUGAUCUAAAACUGAAGAAAAGAAUGUUUAACUGUGAUUUUUGGAAUUAAAUUGCUUUUUGAGAUCAUAGGGGAAAAUUUUUUUUUUUUCAUUUGCUUUCAGUCAUACUCUGGUUAUUAUGUUUGAUGUGCUUGAUUUUAAUACUGGUAUCAACCUUAUGUGUGUGUGUAUGUGUCCAGGGAUGUGUGCUUUUACCAGUCAUAUUUAAAGGUAUAUUUGAUCAUAUUAACAGAACAAGGAAUACUGUGCAUGGGUCUGUUCUGAAAGAGUAUGAGAUACCAGCAGAAUGAAAUUUUAGAGUAAACCUCACUGUUGAAAACUUAAACAUGUCUGAUCAUCAGAUACUGGUCAGAGAUUUGCUUGACAGUGCCAAGAAGGAUUCAUAGCCCAGGAAUAAAAAAUACAGCGGAGUAUAGAAAUGAAGAACAUUUAAGGUGCAUGGAAAAGAAGCAUUCCUUUGUUAAAGAUGACAGGAAUCUCAUUCUUCAGAAAGUCUGUGAAAAGAUAAAAAAAAUCAUAGUGAAUCAAGGGAUUCUGGCUAAGACUGGGGAAUGAAUAAAUGUGGACACCAGACAAAAGCUGUAACAGACGUCCAUGUGCCGACUUUGAAUGGCAAAGCUGCAGGGAAAAAAAGCCCCAUUGUUGACUAAAGCACUCUAACACAUUCAAAUGGAACUAUUGUAUUGGGCAUUGGUUUUAAGGAUGUUUCAAAAGGUAUGGUAAUAUCUAGAAACCCAAUUUGCUAAUUGAGGUUUUUAGAUGUUGUACAUCUUAUGGUAUUUUCUGAGGUGGUGAAGAAGUAACUCAAAAUAGAAAUAAAAUAAAGCAUUUGAUGAAUCUAUCAAAACUACAAGUAUUGUCAGAUACCUAAAAAACUACAAACAUUCUGUAAAAAUAAUUAAUCACACUAGAAAGCUGUCCAUAUUGUAUUAUUGAUGUCAGGUAAACAACAAUAAA